CGUCACCCUUUGCCCGCUUCCCGGCCUUCAUCAUAGAGUGCAUCAAUUCCCCUUCUGUUGGGCUUUAUAAAUACGGGAAGAGGGAGGGGCCGCUCUAGGAGUCGGAUAGAAAGGAUUUGCCGCCCUCGUCUCUAUGGUGAUGGAGGACUAGACCUGUCUAGAGACCAAGGAAAGCUGGAUUUUCUGGAGGGCCUGCCUCUCCUCUCUCCUGCAGAGGAUGCCCUUACUCUCCGACGUCCACCUGGAGCUGCCUCUCCCGGACCCUCCUCCUCACCGCCUGGCCCUCGUCUCCGGCUCCUACCGCUACUACCACUACGGCUGUGACGGUGUGGACGACCGUGGUUGGGGCUGCGGGUACCGCACCCUCCAGACCGUGUGUUCUUGGCUGCCGCCGAGUGUCGAAAAAACCCUUCCCCGCCCAGUCCCUUCCCUGCAGGAGAUCCAAAACGCUCUGGUGGAGAUAGGAGACAAGCCCGCCUCCUUUGCCGGCUCCCGGGACUGGAUGGGCACCGUAGAAGCGGCCUUGUGCCUGGACCACUUUUACAGCGUGCCGGGCAAGGUGGUCCACGUUCCCCACGGGCGGGAGCUGGAGAGGGAGCUGGAGGCUCUGCAUGCUCAUUUCCAGGGAGGCGGGGGGCCCGUCAUGAUGGGGGGCGACAGGGACAACUCUUCCAAGGGGCUGCUGGGGGUCUGCUCCGGCCCGGAAGGGCGCCACCACCUCCUGGUCCUUGACCCUCACUACUAUGGCCAGGCAGGGUCUCUGACGAGGGAGGAGCUGCAGGCACAACGUUGGGUCCAUUGGAGGGAGCUUGCUCUCUUCGAAGCAGGCUCCUUCUACAACCUCUGCUUCCCCCAGUUCAGGGCAAAAGGAUGUCCUGUAUGAUUUGAGAAAGUAGGUGUCGUUCUCCAAACCGAGAGCUGCAGGGGUGUCUCUGUCAGGAGCGUCAGCAAUGUCUAGGCAACACGAUGACCAUGUGUUGUUGUUUAGUCGUGUCCGCCUCUUUGUGACCCCCUGGACCAGAGCA